AUGGCACAAUCAGAUCAUAAUACUAGUUUGCGUUUAACCUCUGUCUUGCUGAAUGAUGUCAAUUAUGUCAGCUGGUCUAGGGCUGCUGCUCUUGCUCUUGGGGGUAAAAGAAAGUCUGGGUAUAUUCGUGAGAAUAGUACUUGUCCAGAUGCUAAAGAUCCAAAGUAUGAAGAUUGGAUUGCUGAUGAUCAACUGGUUCGCACGUGCCUUCUCCUGUCGAUGGAACCACAUAUUUCGGAAAUUUUCUCGUUUUCAGAAUCUGCAAAGGAUUUGUGGAAGUCUGUUGCUAGUCUGUAUGGCUUACGGAAUAAUGCUGCUCGGGUGUUUGAGCUGAAGCGUGAGAUUGCUGAGGCUUCACAAGAGUAUGAAUCUCUUAGAAGCGCUAUUCUCAUGAGUGCUGAAUUGCCAAGUUUGUCUAGUGUCUGUGCGACUGUGCAACGUGAAGAGACACGCAAGAAAGUUAUGAAUCCUGUUUCUAAAAGCAUUGUAGACCUGGAUGCUGCUGAAUCCAGUGCUCUUCUGAGCUCCAGAGAUGAUAAACGAAGAGCCAUGCCAUUUGAUAAGGACAAGACUUCUCGUGCUAAGGGUAAGAGAGAAGUUUUUCAUUGUGAUCAUUGUAAUAAAACUGGUCACACCAAGGAUCGUUGUUGGGAUAUUUAUCCUCAUCUUAAAGAUAAUUUUGACAAAAAUAAGCUUGCUCGAGCUGCUGUAACUGACAAUUCAUCCUUUACCAUAGACCAGUUGAAGGAUUUCUUUCACCAGUUGAGUAAUAAGAAUGAGCGCAAGGCCAACCAUACUUCAGGUAACCUGCUAGCCUUUCUUACUACGCCUGUUUCCAACCGUCACAUUUGGAUUAUUGAUUCAGGAGCUACAUAUCAUAUGGCAAAUGAUCCUUCGUCAGUUCAUGCAUUUAUUCGCAGCUCUCAUAAAAAUGUGUAUGUUGCUAAUGGCUCUACUGCUCCUGUGCUGGGCAGUGGGAAAGUGCAUUUUUUUCCAGAUGGUCCGCCAUCUAAUGCACUUGUGGUUCCCUCGUUUCCUACUCAAUUGUUAUCUGUUGGUCAAAUCACUACUUCUCUGAAUUGUGAUGUUACAUUUACCCCUACCUCGCUCAUCUUUCAGGAUCGAAAGACGAAGAAGACGAUUGGUAGAGGCAUCUUUUCUCAUGGAUUGUACCUGUUACGCUCUAGUGACAUGGUUAAAAAAUUUAGAUCCGAUAAUGGCACUGAGUUUGUCAAAGGCCCUCUUCCAGGUUAUUUGCGUAGUCAUGGUAUUAUCCAUCAAACUAGUUGUGUUGGUACUUCACAGCAAAAUGGUGUUGCUGAAAGGAAACUCCGUCAUAUUCUGGAAACAACCCGUGCUCUUAUGAUUCAGAUGCAUGUUCCAAAGAAAUUUGGUCUCAUGGUUCUUGACGCCACUUACUGA